AUGGUCAACGCUCAUUUCAACCCUGAAAGAGACAUCCCAGACCAAUCUGGACGAGUCUUCUUUAUCACGGGUGGUACCACCGGUCUGGGAGCUUCAUCAAUCUCCUUCAUCGCUUCCCACAACCCAGCGCAUAUCUUCUUCAGUGGUCGCAGCCAUGCUCGUGCCGAUGAGCUAAUCUCCAAGGUUUCGCAAACAGCACCUUCUACAAGGUUGACAUUUAUUCAAUGCGAUCUUGCGGAUCUUGCCUCUGUCGAAGCAGCCGCCAAGCGGUUCUUAUCCAUGUCCAGUCGCCUCGACGUUCUCAUGUGCAACGCGGGUAUCAUGGCCACGCCAGCCGCGCUGAGCAAAGACGGUUACGAACUGCAAUUCGCCACCAACCACCUCAGCCACGCCCUCCUGAUCAAGCUCCUCAUGCCCGUCCUACUGGAAACUGCAAAGCAGCCCGAAUCAGAUGUCCGCAUCAUCAAUCUCUCGUCUGUUGCAUAUAGGCACUCUACGCCCUCUUCCGGUAUCGAGUUCUCGAAGCUCAAGACCAGAAACGCAAACUACGGUUCAUUAUUCAACCCCAACAAAUGGGUAUGUUACGCACAGUCGAAGCUCUCCAAUCUACUAUACCCUGUAGAGCUCGCCACUCAUUUCCCCAACAUCAUGUCUGUCGCGGUCCACCCGGGUUUCAUCAGAACAGACCUUCAUGCGAAUGAGAAUUUCUUUGAUCGAAAAAUCGUCAAUAUGAUCUCUGGUGGGAAUUGGUUGGAUGCGAACGAAGGGGCAUACAACCAGACUUGGGCCGCUACUACAGAUAGGCAGAACUUGGUCAAUGGUGCCUACUAUGAGCCGUUUGGCGUGGAAACGACACCAACUUCGAAACAAGGGCAGGACCGCGAAUUGGCAAAAAAAAACUGUGGGAGUGGACUGAGCAAGAGCUAA